AUGACACACUCUCAAAGUUGGACAUUUUCAACUGCUAAAGGCAAAGGUCUCUCCGCGAAAAACGAUGCUAGUGCAUCUUCAUUCAUUGAUCAUGUCAAAGAGAUCGCCGAUCGAAUGGUUCAAUAUCAAAACUACUUCAAAGAAUUUGUCAAAUAUUCUGCAAGAGCUCAUGGAUCUUCGAAAAGUAUUCAGAAGGCUUUGGAAUUGGUCACCACUAUUCCACAAAGAGUUCACGAUUUGGAGUUCACCAACAACUUGAAACAACACCCAGGAGACACUGGAAAACUGGGAAGAAUUAUCAGACACGAUGCUUUCCAAGUGUGGGAAGGAGACGAACCACCGAAACUUCGAUAUGUAUUCUUGUUCCGGAACAAAAUAAUGUUCACUGAACAAGAUUCAUCGACCUCUCCUCCAAGUUAUACUCAUUAUUCAUCAAUUCGAUUGGAUAAAUAUAACAUUCGACAGCAUACAACUGAUGACGAUACUAUCGUUCUUCAACCUCAAGAACCUGGACUUCCAAGUUUCAGAAUAAAACCGAAAGAUCUGGAAACAUCAGAAUAUGUUCGAAAAGCCUGGCUGAAGGAUAUUGCAGAAGAACAAGAGAAAUACGAAGAUACCGUAAUCCAGAUGUUCUCUUUUACAACUCAAAUCAAAAGGUGA